GGAGGGAGUCCUCUUGUUUCGUCUGUUUGCGUUUGGUCGAUUGUAACAACGGCAGCAGCAUCAGACAAGGCAUAACCUAAUGAUGGAAGAAUUUGAAGAUGGUGAAGCUCUUCCUACUGAAGAUCUGGUUCAGUGUAACAUCUGCAGAAGAUGUUUCUUCCCUAAAGUCCUGGAGAAGCAUGCUAAGAUCUGCCAAAAGUCAACAUCUAAAAGGAGAAAGGUUUUUGACUCCAGCAGACAGAGAGCUGAGGGAACAGACAUCCCCACACUGAAACCCAUCAAACCAAAGUCACAAAGUUCAGCAGCUGCUGAGAAAGCAGAACCCCCGAAGAAGCCGUCCAACUGGCGCAAGAAACAUGAGGACUUCAUUGCUACCAUCCGGGCUGCCAAGUCCCUCACUCAGGUCAUGAAGGAUGGGGGGCCGUUACCCCCACCUCCUCCUCCGACUUAUGACCCAGACUACAUCCAGUGUCCUUACUGUCAGCGGAGGUUCAACGAGAGUGCCGCUGACAGACAUAUCAAGUUCUGCCAGGAGCAGGCCGCCCGCAUGCCCAACAAAGGCAAGUUAGGAGAUGCCAAGAAGCCUCCUGGUCGCACACAGUACAAGCCUCCUGGUCCUGUAAAGAAGACCAACUCUUCCGCUGUGUCAACCAUCCCUUCAGCCUCCUCUCGUCUACCCCAGAGAUCAGGCCUCGGACAGCCCACUGGAAUCCCUUCUAGUAAGGUCUCCUCUGCAGGUUCAGUGAGGAGUAAUCCCUCUGGCCUCACCAGCCCACCAUCAGGUGUGGGAAGUAAGACCCGAGGAGUGAGCUCUGGCUAUGGCUCAGUGAGAAACACUCAGUCUGGAGUAGGACUCAACAAGAAGAAAGUAGACACCCACAUAUCAAGGAAUGAUGUUGAUGGUGGGAAUGAAGUCGGCAAUGGUGGAAUGAAGAGCAAAUUCUGUCACGCUUGUGGUACCAAGUACCCCGUUGAAUCCGCCAAAUUCUGCUGCGAGUGUGGGGUCAGGAGGAUGUGUAUCUGAGCGAAAUCCGAAGAACGACAAAGUAGAGGAGCGUAGGGAUGCACCAGUACUCAAGCUAGCUUCAGAGUUUCACCAAAGCUAAGAAGAAUUUAACCCCUUCAGCUUCAGUGUACCGCCGGCGGUACACCUACUAAUUUGCAUAGGAAUUUCAAGAAUGUCCGACGGCUGCAAACACGAUUAUACAAACACUAUACGCCGAUGGAAAGCUUAGAUUCUCAUGAAUCCGCCGGUAUAAACCACUUUCAGAUGCGAUUACCACAGCGGGUGAGAAAAACACAUUUGUCCGACAAAAACGAAUAUUCAUCCAUCCGUUCUCUAUCCACAGCUUCAACGCACACAGCGCGACUCACAUUUCCGGGUUUAUUAUUACACACAAAAAAAAAGAUUCCACAAAAAACGGCCAUAAUCCAACCUUUUACAUCAGAUGACACAAGCCAGUAAACUAUUUUAUCCAAAACAUGUCCUGAAGUCGGUAUAAAAUCCCCGAAUCGGUCAUUUUCAAGGAAAUGCACCUCGCGAUGCCCGUCCAAUAUUCCCUGUAUUUUUCGUAAUUUUUUUUAUUUAAAAAUAGAAUAUUAGCGAUUUUUUGUACUAAAAACGGCUGGAAUUGACUGAAGCUUAAAGGGUUAAAAAAAAAAAAAACAUAUCUGUCUUAAUUUUCACACGUGGGACUAGUUUCCUGGCAGUAAAGUGGUUUAAUUAUCCGACAACCAUGAGGUACUGAGUUUCCUUUUAUAAUCGGAUGUUAGUCUUUAUUCCUAAACCUAAAAUAUCUGGUACAUUUGGCUACUAAACACUGAAGAAUCUCAGUGGUGAACUGAUGUGGUAUAAAAGUUACGUGAAAAUGUAAAGGUUCAUGAUAUCAGUGCUUUUUGUUGACUGAUUAAUAAACAAUCCAUGCAGUUUUGAUUAGCUUUUCCUCUCAAUGCUGGAUUUUCUCUCAACAUUGCUGCUUUUUCCGACACCUUAUAUACAUAAAUAAACAUUACUGCCGUGAAACUAGAGGCCAUAGAGGGUUUGAGAAUUUCUAACGACAGAAUGAAGCAGGGGAUGAUGCGGUCUGAACAAUAAUCAGUACUUAUGGAGGAGACUCAGUAUCAGCAUUUAGCAGAUAUUGGUGCAUCUUUAGAAGUGAGUAGAGGGCAGAUGAGUAGAUGCAGACUAAGAAGUGGGCUGUUAAAUGUGAAAUGGGAGGUAAAGGAAAAAAAUGUUGGGUUACUCAUUAGAGGUGAUUUUGAUUGCCCCCGUAUCUCAAUCCCCGGUCAACCUUGAACUGAAAUGCAUUCCUUAAUCCGCUCUGCCUCCGCUUCCUCUCAAGCAGAAUACGUUCCUUUUAAAGUGCAAUAUGAUUGACUACUGAAGAAAGCAAUGUGGUUUUCUAAAGAAAAUGUAUUCAAAUUUUUGUCUUUUCACCUUGUUUUGAUUGGGACCUUUCCCAAAAAGUAAUUAGCUGUUGAAGGUCCUUGCUCCCUUUAAGGUCACUUUGCAGCAGAACUUAUAAUAUUUCCAACACAGACACAUGUAGCAUUUGCUCAGUCCCUUUCAUUUCCUCUCAUUUUAUACAAUUAUUAAUUUUCUUAUUCCCUUUCGUUUUUACUGAAUAAACAAUGAUGCAUCUUUUGUUUAAUGCUCAACAAAAAUCGGAUGUUUUUAUUUGGAUUUGUAUGAGAUCUAAAUGCACCUGGAUGUGUUGCAGUUGCUUUUUUCUUUACAGUGUUUCUCCUGAGUCAGUAUUCAGUGCACUACGGCACUUAGGAUCAGAAAUACAGUAACACUACUGUCGUUUAAACGGCUUAUAGGCCUUUGGUUGAUGUCUCUGCUUAGUCCAACACACUAUUUAUAACCUCACAGACUUUGUUCACAGGUGGGGCUCUGAGAGAGAAACUCCUCUUCCUGAGGUGCAUUGGUAAUUUAAGUCAUUUAACUGCAAUUAACUAAGAUACUCCAGGAGAAUGAAACUCCUUUAGCAAAUAAGGCAUUUGUUCCAAUAAAUAAACUAUACUGUAUUUAUGUUAUAUGACAAGAAAUGUUGACUGGAUGGGUAUAUUUUCCUGUACUGAUUACAGUGGUUGUUGCCCGGGUAUGGUUGUGCACUAAUGCCAUGUAUAUCCACCAUCAAUAAACUUCUAUGAAGACA